AUGGUUGUAAGUCUUAUUCACCCACAUUCGUGUGGAUUUGCGAAGGCAGCAAUUUGGCGAAUUACCAGAGAUGCUUCAGUCAAAAUAAAGCGCGUGAACAAUGAAACGCCAUAUCAGCAUCGCGUGCGUACAGUUCAAGUUAUUCAUGAACAUUUCUCCCAAAGUUUCCCCGGCAAGAAGUUCGCAGUUGACUUUAAAACCUUCAUGAGGAAACUGCCAGACUUGCGCAAGAAAAUCAGCAACUGGAAUCCUAGGAAAAAGACGGAACGCAAGCAAUAUUUCGAGGCUUUCUCAGCAGAUAACUGGAAGGCAUUGUCGAUCGAACACAAGGCCGAACAUAGCUUGACAGACUGUCGUACCUGUUUCCACAAGUAUUCAAUACAACAGUCGUUCUUUCCUGUCCAAUCCAAGGAAUUUCAAGGCUGUUUAA